AUGAAAAAGGUCCAGCGUGGCCAUGUUACCCUGAAAUGCUGGGACAUCGGUGGCCAGCCUCGUUUCCGAACUAUGUGGGAGAGAUAUUGUCGGGGCGUGAGCGCCAUCGUGUUCAUCGUGGAUAUUGCCGACACCCCAUUAAUCCCACAGGCCAAAGAAGAACUCCACGAUCUUAUGAGCCGCAAAUCGCUUGAGGGUAUCCCUCUUCUUAUCCUAGGGAACAAAUCCGACCUUCCAGACAAGCUCUCAGUGGACGAGUUGAUCGACGAACUAGACCUGAAGAGCAUACGCGGACGUGAGGUGUGCUGCUAUGGCAUCAAGGUCGUAAAAUGCUUUUCUGGAACCAUUUCAGAGCCUCCUGUGCGAAGAACCAAGGCGGUCCGGUAUGCAUUGGUUGUCCCAACGGUUACCGGACAGAUGCCUAUGUUUGCGAGAGGCUGGGACCUCUAUACCGAGGACAAGACAGAAGGCCGGUUCAACAGUGGAGUGAAUGAAAAGACCAACGGUAACCAUAUAUAA